UUAGGCUUAUUAAUUAUGUUUAGUUUAUGUUUAGUUUAUGUUUAUUUGUAAUUAUGUUUUAUGUUUGCCUUUGGCAGGUCUUUAAUGUAUAAUAAACAGUUUUGAAUCGCCCUACGAGUCGCCUUGUCCUUUAGUUUGUUCUGUGCCAAACCCACCACAGAAACUUGGUAGCACGAGUGGGGUCAGGAAGAGAGACUACACUGUGGGAUCAGAAGACGUCUCAGAAUCUGCUUCCUGACAACCGAAACUAAGAAAGUGACAACCAGACGUAGAUGUCAACAAGUAACAGUUAGUUUAUUCCUGUUUCUGUACUUUCAAAUAUUUUCUAUUUUUUGUUUUCUUCUUUUUGUUUCAGGGUAGUUAGAUUUAGUUUAGUUUAUUUUAAUAUAAUUUGCUUAUAUUUUCUUAAUUGUGAUUUUACUUCGCUUGAACAUUGUUUCUGUUGAGAUAGAUUUCGUUAUUAGGUUACUAUUAUUGUUAGAGUUUCUUAAGACCUGCAGCCAGAUGGAGAGAAAUAUGGUGGAACCUAGUUCAGUGAAGGGAGGAGACGUGGGUCCCACGUGCAAUGGAGGAGAGCCGGAGGGAAUGGAAUGUGUCACUAAGGGGAUGUUGACUCGACUACAAGCUGAACUUGAGGCAUUGAAGCUGGCCUGUCAGCGUUCUCAUUACAUCAUAGAACCUACUAGAAAAAUUAGACAGUUCAGUGGGGAUGGCAGAAAUGUUGAGGUUUCAAUUGAAGAUUUCGUCAGAGAAAUAAGAGAUCUAUGGGAGCUCCGGCCUUACCUCUCGCCUCAAGAGAAGACUGCAACCAUCCUUGAGAACAUAAGUGGUCCAGCUAGAGUAGAGGUAGAUCUUCAGCCACCUCAUAUCAGAAGUGAUCCAGAAGCUCUGCUCGAUGCACUUACCUCUGCGUUUGAAGUAAUCAUACCGGUGCGAGAGGCAGAGAUUACAUUUCUGAUGUCGCAGCAAAGAAGAAGUGAGUCACUGCUCGAAUUCUCUCACCGACUAUUUAAGGAGUUCACAACGGCCAUCAGGCAAGAACAAAGAGAAGGAAUAGAUUGCUUCAAGGAGGAAAGAUUGAGGGACCAAUUUGCCUAUGGAGUCAGAGAUCCAGAACUUCGCAGAGAGCUGUUUAGGUUCAUAGCGCAACAUCCCCAGAUAAGUUUUCAAAGUCUACGAAACUAUGCAUUCAAGUUGGAGAACCAGAACAAAGAUGCAGCUCGAGCCCAAGAGCAGUGGUCUGAGGUUCUCUUAGCGAAAUUGGCCAAGUUAGAGAAGCAACUUGAAGAAAUAAAGGGGUCAGGCUAUAACAGUCUGCCAAGUUCAACUAACCCACUCUCUAGUCAACCACAUAGUCAACGCAGACCCACACAAAGACACACGAAACAUAGCAACCAAAACAGAAUUCGACCAACAGCACCGCCGGGUCUUGUAUGGUCAAGGACGAAGAGAGGAUUCUUCCCAUACACUGAUGAUGGAUCACCAGUCUGCACCCAGUGCUGGGAAGUUGGACAUGUAAGGCGUCACUGUCAGCAAUCACCACAACUCACAGCUGAGGUUCAAUCUGUGUGCAAUAGUGAACCCAUUGUUUCACAGCCAACCCACCAAGUAGAACAACGAACCAAUGAACCACAAGCUGAUGCAAUGUACAAUACAGAUGCAAGUCACUCAAUUCAAACAUCGAGAAAUAGAAACUUUAACACUGGGCAGCCAAACAAGAACAGGCAUAACAGAGUCCGGAGGCCAGAUAGACAAAGAAGAAACUACAGGCAUUUUAACCAGCCACAAAGACGAUUUCACUCACUGCUCCCUAUCACACUUUCUACAGCUUCCCAGUCAUUAUGUUUAGAGAAAGACAGACCACUCUGUAUGACCGAUGGAACCAGCACGUUACAAACUGGAAAGAUGCUUGUCGUUCCAGAAGACACUGACAAGAAACAGUUGUUUCAGUUUUCAGAAACCUACUAGGCUGAACGCCCCGGGACGGGUCGUUUCAAGCUAGGGGCUCUGUAGUGGAGUGGAUAUCUUUUUAGAAAAACACCGGCCACCCCGAUAUCCACGUGACCCUUCACCCUAGAUGGCACCUUGUGUCCGCGCAUGACAAGGCAGACCAACGUGGGCACUGUCCAUUCGACCGGCAUCUCGUAUCGCUGUAAUGUCCGUAUGUUACUGGACCUAAGUCGUCUCCACUCCCUUUUGUGCUUGGUUCUACACCAUGUGUUCGUAUGGCUGCAGGUCUUUAAUGUAUAAUAAACAGUUUUGAAUCGCCCUACGAGUCGCCUUGUCCUUUAGUUUGUUCUGUGCCAAACCCACCACAC